AUGCCCGACCCAACGCCCCUCGAAACCGUCGACCUCCUCAUCGUCGGUGCCGGCUUCCACGGCCUCUCCCUCGCCGCAACCUACACCACCACGCACCCCUCCGCCUCCCUCCUCAUCCUCGAUGCGGCCCCCAGCAUCGGUGGCGUCUGGGCCCAAUCGCGCCUCUACCCGGGCCUCAAGACCAACAGCCAGGCCGGCCACUUCGAGUUCGCCGACUACCCCAUGCUGGGAAACCCGCGCUAUCCCGAAGUGCGCGCCGACGAGCACAUCGCCGGCGACAGCGUAAGGCGGUAUCUGAAGGACUAUGCGGCGGAGAAGGGGUUGGUGGGGAGGGUGAGGUGUGGAAGGAAGGUGGUGGAGGCGGAGGACUUGGGGGCGGAGGGGUGGGUGGUUAGUGUUGAGGAGGGGGGGAAGAGGGAGGAGGAGGAGGAGAAGGGAGAGAAGAGGCCGCAAAGAAUCCACGCCCGCAUCCUCGUCCUGGCGACAGGCCUAACCAGCACCCCCAAGCCCCCCUCCUCCCUCCUCAAAUGCGCCGACGCCGACACCUCCGCCUUCACCGGCCCCAUCUACCACGUCCGCGACUUCGGGAAGCAUUGUCCGUCGUCAGCUCCAGCCACCACGGACGAAAAGAAAAAUGAAAAGAAGAAAACCAUCCUCAUCCUCUCCGCCAACAAGUCCGCCGCCGACUGCGCCCACCACCACGCCCACACCCUCGGCAACCGCGUCAUCUGGCUGAUCCGGCCCUCCGGCCACGGUCCCUGCUUCCUCGCGCCCGCCCGCGUCACGCCGCUCAAGCUGCUGUCCGAAGCGCUGAUCACGACGCGCGCCGUCACGUUUCUCAAUCCAUGCAUCUGGGCCGCUGCGAACCCCUCCUCCCCCUCUUGCCCCUCCCCCUCCCCCUCCCCCUCGCCUUCCUCCCCUUCGACCUCCCCCUCGACCUCGGCGUCCCGCUGGCAGCCGCCAUCCUUCAACCACUUCGAACACCUCUGCCGCACCCUCCUCCACCGCACCCCGGCCGGCCGCGCCCUCGUCCGCGCCUUCCACGCGCAGCUCGUGCAGCGCAAGGGCGUCGAGGAGCCGCUGCGGCUGGACGCGCAUCCGCAGACGGCGUUGCUCAAGCCGUGGCACGAUGCGUUUUGGGUGGGGACGGGGCGGGGGUUGUUGAAUUGGGGACCCGGGGCGCCGGAUGUGUUUGAGUUGGUGAGGCGGGGGAAGAUCGAGGUUAGGUUGGGGGAGGUGGUGGGGAUGGAGGGGAGAACUGUGAGGUUGUCUGCGGGAGGGGAUGGGCAAAAGGGGGAGGGGGGAGAAGAGGAGACGGUGGUGGAGGUGGAUGAGGUGGUUUGUUCGGCGGGGUGGGAGUAUAGGCCUAGUGUGCGGUUGGUGAGGGGGGGCGUGGAUAUUAGUGCGGAGUUGGGGGUGCCGGGUGCUGGCGGUCGGGAGGAGAAGGUCGUAGGGGAGGAAGACGAGGCAGCGCUGGUGGCGAGGGCAGACGAGGAGGUCCUGACCGCGUUGCCUGGACUUCGAGAGCAGCCGCCACAGGGACGCCCACCGCACCUGAGAAAGACUUCCGAACCAAAAUACGGCACGGAUCAACAGAGGAAAAAGACGCUAGACGGCGCGUACGCCCUCUACCGCUUCAUGAUCCCCCCGCGCCGCAUCCACACCCGCACCCUCGCCUUCGCCGGCGUCGUCCGCACCCCCGUCACCGCCACCAUCGCCGAGAUGCAGGCACUCUGGCUCUGCGCUUUCUUUGACCACCGCCUGCCGCAUCUGGAGCCCUCCACCAUCCCCCCUUCGCCGUCGUCUCUGAAGCCUGACGCGGCGCCCUCGCCGAAACUGUCCACGCCGGCCGUCGAGAAAGGACCUGACGACGUCAAGCUGCAUGACGAUCAGCAGCAGCAGCGCGAUAUGCGAGAAAUGAGUGCUCGCGUCAGGUACGACGCCAUCCUGCACGCGCGGUACGGCGCCUGGCGCUACCCGGCCGGCUUUGGCGGCGUCCUGCCCGACUUCUUCUUCGACACGCUGCCGCUGUUCGACUUGAUGCUGGCUGAGCUCGGGCUGCCGAGGUGGCGGAAGGGUGGUUUCGUUAAGGAGGUGUUUUCGUCAUACGGGCCGCAUGACUAUAGGGGCUUGGUAGAGGAGUGGAUGGAGUUGUGGAAGGAUGAACGCGGUGGGGGACGAGUGGAGGAGGGUUGUGGGAUGGGGACGGUUGUGGUGGUCUGUGUGGCCUUGGUGCUUUGGGUGGCGGUUACGGUAUGGUUUAUGGGGUGGGUGUGGAGUAUGUGGUAA